AUGGCUACCCCUAGUGUCCUCGCUUUUGACGCUGAGGGUCGAGCCAUCGACUUUGAGGUCUGGGUCGACGACCUACAGCUGUUCUUACAGUGCGAUAGGGCGGACGGUCUUUCUCUCUUUGACCUCACCUCUGGCGCCUCUCCUGCCCCUGCUGCUGAUGCUGACCCCACUGUUCGCUCUCAGUGGGCCACCCGCGAUGCUGCUACACGUCUUGCUGUGCAUCGCCACCUGCCUACCACUGAGCGCGCGCACUUUAGUCAGUGCAAGAGUGCUCAGACCUUGGACCACUUCCUCUCAGUCUGUCCCACCACUCUCACUGUUGACCUCCUCGAGAAGGCCCUCCUGGCGGCGGAGAAGAGCAUCGUCGCUGUAGGAGCCUCUCGUGGUGACCCGCGCACCCCCAUCUUUGAGGGGUGUUCUCCUUCCCCCCUGCUGCCCUCUGUUGCCUCUGCUGCUGCGGCCGACCUACUUGGUCUUGAGUCGGUCGGCGCGGCGUCUGCCCCUAGCGGGAGACGCCGCCCUGGCAAGGGCAAGGGGAGCAAGGGCACGGGUGGAGCUGGCGGGGGCGGUGGCGGUGGCAGUGGAGGCGGCGAAGGGAGUGGGGGUGGUGGUGGGAGUGGUGGCGGGGGUGGUGGUGGUGGUGGCGGCAGCGGAGGCGGAGGCGGUGGCGGCGGUAGCGGUGGGAGCGGAGGCGGCGGUGGUGGCGGAGGUGGAGGCGGCGGUGGCGGAGGGGGUGGAGCUGAUCGGGAUGGUGCCCCACAGCGGAGCGGCACUAGUGGUGGUCAGUGCCAGCAGGAGCAGCAGCAGCAGCGCUCUCGGGACAUCCCCCCGCCUCAGCAGCUCCGUGAGUGGUACACGCAGCGUCAGCAUGGUGGGGGUUUUGGUCCGUGCACCUACGUCCUUCACUCCGGCGACCGCGCGGGUGAGCAGUGUGGGGGUGCCCACCCCACCCAGCGCUGCUUUGGCCGCCUGACGGACGCUUGGCGUCAGCAGUUCCCGGAGGCUAGUGAGAUUCCCCGCUGGGGAGAGCUGUCUAGGGCUGGCGUAGCUAUCUUUGAUCUUGACUUUGAUGCUAUCCUUGCUGCCAUGUAUGCUGUGACUAUUAGUGAUGAGGGUGACUGUUACCGGUGUUUCCCGCCCGACCCGGGCAUUGGUACUGCUGCGCUAGGUGCUUGUGAGGUUGCUGCUCUAGGUGCCCGCGCGUCUGCGCCCUCAGGUACUAGUGAGGCUGCGCUCUCAGGUACCGCGUCGGCUUCGGCCUCCCUCACCUUCACACUUGACUCAGGGGCUUCUCGCUCCUUCUUUCGUGACCGCACCACACUCACGCCGCUUGGUCGGCCGGUUGCAGUCUCCCUGGCCGACCCCUCUGGGGGUCCUGUCCUCUCUCACUUCUCCACUGUCCUCCCAUGUCCAGCUGCCCCCUCGGGCACCUUGUCUGGUCUGUACCUCCCCUCGUUCUCUACGAACUUGGUGAGUGGUGCUGACCUGCAGGAUGCGGGGGUUCACCAGUUUACUCCUGCGAGUCAGCGGGUGACCCACUGCUCGGACGCCUGCACCGGCCGACACCAGGCCACGUUUUCACGUCGGCCGGGGUCGAGCCUCUACACCCUGACCACUGAGUCUCCUCCUGUCCCUGCGUCUGGCCAGAUAGCUGCGUCGGGUCAGGUGUUUGCUGCUGCGUCCAGGUCUGGUCCUCAGUCUGCCCCCUGCUCGUGUCGCCUCCUGUCUCACGAGACUCUCCUAUGGCACCAUCAUCUUGGCCACCCCUCCCUGCCUCGUCUUCGGGGCAUGGCUUCCCGUAUCCUUGUCUCUGGUCUUCCCCAGUCCCUCCCUCCCCUUCCUUCGGGGCCUGGACCUUCCUGUGUCCCCUGUGUUGAGGGGCGCCUCCGGGCUGCCCCUCACUCCUCUCCGUUUCCCUAG